AAGCCUGUUAGUCUACUGCCCUCAGUUGCCCAUGUGCAAUCCAAAAAGGAAGAAUUAAUAGGUUGGAAACAAGAAGAAGAAAAAAACUUGAAAACAUUUUAAGAGAAAAACUCGUAGCCAAAAAUCGAUAGUGUUGUAGCGAGUGUCUAUUUUUAUUAUAUUUCUACACUGCAAUGGAUGAAUGGAAAGCACUAGGGCUUGUGGACACACUGUGUUGUACAUGCAUUCAAUUAAAAUGGAAAGAACCUACCAAGGUUCAACAAGAAGCUAUUCCUUUGAUACUUCAAGGCAAGGAUGUAAUAGGAUUAGCAGAAACUGGAUCGGGAAAGACUGCUGCUUUUGCAUUACCUAUAUUACAAGCAUUAUUGGAGAAUCCUCAAAGAUAUUUUGCACUUGUACUGACACCUACAAGGGAAUUGGCUUUCCAGAUUUCAGAACAAUUUGAAGCACUGGGUUCCAGCAUAGGUGUAAAAUGUGUAGUGAUAGUAGGUGGAAUGGACAUGCAUGCACAGGGAUUACUAUUGGAGAAAAAACCUCAUAUCAUCAUUGCUACACCUGGUAGAUUAGUUGAUCACUUGGAAAAUACAAAGGGCUUUAAUUUACGACAAUUAAAAUUUCUGGUUAUGGAUGAAGCAGAUCGUAUUUUGAACAUGGAUUUUGAGGUAGAGGUUGAUAAGAUUCUCAGAGUGAUACCGCGGGAAAGGAGGACAUUAUUAUUCUCCGCAACCAUGACAAAGAAGGUACAAAAGCUGCAACGUGCGUCUUUGCGAAAUCCCGUUAAAGUUGAGGUGUCCACCAAAUAUCAAACUGUGGAAAAGCUGCAACAAUAUUAUGUAUUUAUUCCAGUGAAAUUCAAGGAUGUAUACCUGGUGCAUAUCUUGAAUGAAUUAGCAGGUAAUAGUUUCAUGAUAUUUUGCGGAACAUGCAAUAAUACCGUGAGAACCGCUCUAUUAUUGCGUAACUUAGGAUUUACGGCAGUUCCCCUGCAUGGGCAAAUGUCACAAAACAAAAGAAUCGCUGCACUAACGAAAUUUAAAGCAAAAAAUAGAUCUAUAUUAAUUUCAACAGAUGUUGCCAGCAGAGGACUUGAUAUUCCACAUGUAGAUAUCGUUAUCAAUUUCGAUAUACCUACACACAGUAAGGAUUAUAUACAUAGAGUGGGUCGAACUGCGCGUGCCGGUCGAUCCGGUCGUUCAAUCACGUUUGUCACGCAAUACGAUGUCGAACUAUAUCAACGAAUAGAGCAGUUGAUAUCAAAACAAUUGCCAUUAUAUCCAACAGAAGAAGAAGAAGUAAUGUUGCUGCAAGAAAGAGUAAGCGAAGCACAGCGAAUAGUGAAAAUGGAUAUGAAAAAUAUCGAAGAGAAUAAGAAAUCAGGCAAGCGAAAACACGGCGGUAACAACGAAGACGAUGACACAGAACAGUCUCUUGGAGUGAGAAAAAGGAUGAAGACAAAAAGUAAAAGAAAAUAAGAUUAAUGUUAUGUAUAAGGUAUGUCAUUAAUAUUAUAAUAAAUUUUAUUAUAAUAAAGUUCUUUUCUUUUUA